AACAGCCGGGCCGGGCCGGGAUGGCCGCCGCAGCGCCGGGCGGAGCCGGGCCCCGCUGAGCUCCCCCCGGGUUCCCCCCCCGGAGCCCCUUCCCGAGCCGGGCCCCGCCAUGGGCUCGCUGUUCCGCGGCGAGCCGCUGUGCCUGGCGCAGCUCUUCCUGCAGAGCGGCUCGGCCUACGAGUGCCUCAGCGAGGUGGGCGAGCGCGGCCUGGCCGAGUUCCGAGACCUCAACCCAAACGUAAGUGUAUUUCAGAGAAAAUUUGUGAAUGAAGUAAAGAAAUGUGAAGAAAUGGAAAGAAUACUUGGGUAUUUAGUACAAGAAAUUAAAAAGGCGGAUAUUCCUCUUCCUGAAGGAGAUGUUGCUCCUCCUGCGCCCUUGCUGAAACACAUUUUAGAAAUCCAGGAACAGCUGCAGAAGCUGGAAACAGAAUUGAGGGAAGUAAAUAAAAACAAAGAAAAGCUGAGGAAAAAUCUGCUUGAACUGACAGAAUACACGUGCAUGUUGGAUGUCACACAAACGUUUGUCAGGAGAACAGCAGAGUAUGAAUCCCAUUUACACAUGAAUUAUGAAGAAUUUCCAUCUGUGGAAAACGAGCCAUUUGUGGAUUACAACUGUAUGCAUAGACUGGGUGCCAAGCUUGGAUUUAUAUCUGGGUUAGUUCGUCGAGCAAAAGUUGAAGCGUUUGAAAAAAUGCUGUGGAGAGUCUGUAAAGGAUACACUAUUCUUACGUAUGCAGAGUUGGAUGAAUGUCUGGAAGAUCCAGAUACCGGUGAAACCACAAAAUGGUUUGUGUUUUUAGUGUCCUAUUGGGGUGAACAAAUUGGCCAGAAAGUUAAGAAGAUUUGUGACUGUUAUCACUGUCAUGUGUAUCCCUAUCCAAAUACCAUGGAUGAGCGCACGGCAGUUGUUGAAGGACUAAACGUUCGUAUUCAGGAUCUUCGUACUGUGCUGCAUAAAACCGAGGAUUACUUACGCCAAGUUUUGUGUAAAGCAUCUGAAUCCAUCUAUACGUGGGUUAUCCAAGUAAAGAAGAUGAAAGCCAUUUAUCAUGUACUCAACUUGUGCAGUUUUGAUGUCACAAAUAAAUGUUUGAUUGCUGAGGUUUGGUGUCCAGUGGCUGAUCUGCAAAACUUGCGCCAUGCGUUGGAGGAAGGUUCAAGGAAGAGUGGAGCCACAAUUUCUUCAUUCAUGAAUACCAUCCCAACAACACAACCCCCUCCAACUCUGAUACGUACCAAUAAAUUCACUUCAGGGUUCCAAAAUAUCGUUGAUGCUUAUGGAGUUGGAAACUAUGGGGAAGUUAAUCCAGCUCUCUAUACCAUCAUCACUUUUCCCUUCUUGUUUGCUGUUAUGUUUGGAGACUUUGGGCAUGGUCUGCUGAUGUUCAUCUUUGCACUCCUGACAAUACUGUAUGAAAACCAUCCUAGGCUACAAAGAUCGCAGGAUGAGAUAAUGAAAAUGUUAUAUGAAGGCCGAUACGUUAUUUUAUUGAUGGGUUUGUUUUCUGUAUACACUGGACUGAUUUAUAAUGAUUGUUUUUCAAAGUCAUUAAAUAUAUUUGGUUCCGGAUGGAAUGUUUCAGCAAUGUUUGAGCAGAAGGUUUGGCGUCUUGAGGAUCUGAAGUCUAAUCAAUUUUUGACGCUGGAUCCAAAUGUUACUGGGGUAUACAACGGAGCUUAUCCCUUUGGAAUCGAUCCGAUCUGGAAUUUGGCAAGCAACCGUCUCAGUUUUUUAAAUUCUUUCAAAAUGAAAAUGUCUGUGAUUUUUGGAGUAGCUCACAUGACGUUUGGAGUUGUAUUGGGGGUAUUUAACCACUUACAUUUCAAGAAGAAGUACAAUAUUUAUUUAGUUUUUAUUCCUGAACUUUUAUUCAUGAUGUGCAUCUUUGGCUACCUUGUGUUUAUGAUCUUCUUUAAGUGGUUAGCAUACUCUGCAGAGGACUCUACAUCUGCUCCUAGCAUUCUGAUUGAGUUUAUUAACAUGUUCCUGUUUCCUGGUGGUGAAACAGAUGUCUUUUAUACUGGGCAGGUUGGUCUACAGAGGUUUUUACUGAGUCUUGCUUUUCUUUCUGUUCCCGUAAUGCUUUUUGGAAAACCACUUUAUUUAUAUUGGUUGCACAGUGGAAGACGAGGCAUUAGAACGUACAGGAGUGGCUACAAGCUAAUUCGAAAAGAGAGUGAAGAAGAACUCUCUCUGCUGCGAUCUCAUGAUGUGGAAGAAGGAAACAGUCAUUCAGACAGUGGGCACAGAGAGGGGGAUGAAGAGGAGUUUAAUUUUGCAGAUGUUUUUAUGAAUCAAGCAAUUCAUACCAUUGAAUACUGUCUCGGAUGCAUUUCUAAUACAGCCUCAUAUCUGAGACUCUGGGCAUUAAGUCUUGCUCAUGCACAAUUAUCAGAAGUUCUUUGGCAAAUGGUGAUGAGAGUGGGUCUUCGUGUGGAUACAACAUACGGUGUCUUACUGCUAGUCCCCGUUCUAGCCUUUUUUGCCGUGCUAACAGUUUUUAUUCUUUUGGUAAUGGAGGGGCUUUCUGCUUUUCUCCAUGCUAUACGACUUCACUGGGUGGAAUUUCAGAACAAAUUCUACACUGGUGGAGGAUACAAGUUUACGCCCUUCUCUUUUAAGCACAUUUCUUUACAUUUUAAUAAAGAUGAUAUGGCAUAGUUUGGUUGCUGUCA